AUGAGGGCAGGAGGCCGUGUCGGGGAUCGGAGGGCGCGGCGCUUUUUUUCCGGCGCGGACCUCGCUGGGAAGAUUGCUGCUGAUCCGGUCUCUCGCGGUGGAGCAAGACGUACCAACAUUAGUUCGCUGGAUGAUGAUCUCCUACUUAAGCUUCUGCGGCGUCUACCCAUCGAUGCGGCUGUCCGCACCAGCGUUCUGUCCACUCGCUGGUGUCAUCUGUGGAAGGGAGUCCAAGACCUGUCGUUCUGCGACUUGGUAUCCCACACCAGGUCUUUUUCUGAUCUUGUGAGGGAAGUGCUGGCUGGCCGUGAAUCGGAGGAGAUCCGACGCCUAGUGAUCUGGAUCGCCAAGCGUAGCAACGCUAGCAUUUUUCUCGUGAACCCGUGGAUCCGCAUCGCUGCUGCUCGCGUAACAGGCCAGUUCGAGCUGCAGCUCCCUGCCUUGGGCGAUGAUGAUGCUCAUGGUUUUAUUGAGGUUCCUUCCUUCUCGAAGGCUCGCCUUUUAUCAAUAAAGGCUAUGGAUGUGGAGCUCAGGCUGCAACGGGACGGGGUGUUCUUGGCCCUCAGGGGGAUGCUGUUCACCGGCGUUCGUCUCAGUCAACAUGGCACGUCCCUUGGGCACAUUGUGACCCACUGCUGUCCCAAGCUGCAAAUUCUUCAGUUGUCACGUGUCAGUGGUAUUGGUGAACUGACUCUCUGCUCAUCCUCUCUAAUCGAGCUUAGACUUGCACAUGUUACUGAAAUGGUGCGGCUUGAAGUAACGACCCCAGGUUUGCGUCGAAUCUAUCUUGUAAACUGUUUCGCUUUCUCUCUGGAUCUAGAAUUGGACGCGGUGGUAGUUACUGCUCCAAUGCUCAGUGCAGUGAAUUGGCAGGGACCAUGCCCCAGGGGUGUAAAUUUUCCUGGCAAGACAAUUCUUGAUAGCCUAUGUGUCAGUGAAAGUUCAUCUGAAGUUGAAGAACAUUCCAGUUUCAUGGAUGUCCUGAAGAGAUUCAGGUUCACUAAUCUCCUAACGGUGCACAUGCCUAUCACAAGAACUACAGAGGAACAUCAAGGGCUAAUUGAACCCAUCAGACUGCCUAAGGUUGAAGAGUUAGAACUGUUCUUAACAACAAAUGGUCAUCUGUUUGCUGAAACGGUGGUAUCAUUUCUUAGGAGAUGCACUGGAUUGAAAAGGCUUCAGCUUAAUCUUGUCUACUUGGAUGAUCAUAGUGACUGUAUAUGUGGUUGCCGUAGGGCAGAAGUUUGGGACCAGGCUGUGUAUUUUGGUUCUCUAGUAGAAUUGGUGUGGAGGGCCUUCAGAGGUACACUUGAUGAAAAGAAGUUUCUGCUCAAGGUAUUUUGGAGGGGAUCGCUGCGGAAGUUCACCGCAGAACUUUUGGGUAAUGCUGAACAGGCUGCAGAAAUUAAACAGUGGCUGCACGCUGUUUGCCCUACAUCAUGUGUACUGGAGUUUCAUGACUCUACUACCAAUUGA